CUGAAGAAUUUGCAUCAUCAUUCAGCUAGAGUAACUUGGUAUGACAAGAGCUUAAAUACAAGUCCAUGCGGAAGCUGAGCUGGUUUCCAAUGAUAGGGCAGUACCAGCUCACAGUGUGAAAACACAGGUGUUUCUGAGCUGGGCUUGGAUCGCAGGAAGGGUUCACAUACUCUUUAGGAGCUUGUUACCUGUGCGUAGGAGCAGCUAGAAAGAUAACAGAAGACAGAGGAAGAGCCAAAGUAGUUGGCUACAUAGAGUGAAAAAAACCCCUUGAGUUUCUACUGAAAACUUUUCUGCCUGUGCUUGCCAGCAGUGUGUUGGUGACACUGUAGCAUGUUUAGGAAAGCUGCUGUGCCCGCAGUCUCUAAUGGAAGCUACUUGCAGGGACAAGCUAAUGGCAAGUUGUCCUCUAUGGACAGCAGACAGCGAGCCCAGGAGGGAAAAGUUGUGCUGAAGAAGAAAGUGACGCUUUUGAGGGGGAUAUCCAUCAUAAUUGGCACUAUCAUUGGAGCUGGCAUCUUCAUCUCUCCCAAAGGCAUCCUGAAGAACACAGGCAGCGUGGGCAUGUCCUUGACUGUCUGGACAGUGUGUGGUAUCCUCUCGCUUUUUGGUGCUCUCUGCUAUGCUGAACUAGGAACAUGCAUUAAGAAAUCUGGUGGUCACUACACCUAUAUCCUGGAGGCCUUUGGCCCGUUACCUGCAUUUGUGAGGGUCUGGGUUGAACUACUCAUUAUUCGCCCUGCUGCCACAGCAGUGAUAUCAUUGGCAUUUGGACGGUACAUUUUGGAGCCUUUCUUUAUGCAGUGUGAAAUCCCAGAAGUUGCAAUUAAACUUAUUACAGCUGUCGGCAUCACACUGGUGAUGGUCCUGAAUAGCACAAGUGUCAGCUGGAGUGCCCGCAUUCAGAUGUUUCUUACCUUUUGUAAGCUUGUAGCAAUUCUGAUAAUUGUAGUCCCUGGAGUUAUCCAGCUAAUUAAAGGAGAAACACAGCACUUUAAAAAUGCCUUUGCAGGGAAUGAUGCCAGUGUUAUGGGAUUACCACUUGCUUUCUAUUCAGGAAUGUAUGCCUAUUCAGGCUGGUUUUACCUCAAUUUUGUUACCGAAGAAGUGGAAAACCCUGAAAAAAACAUACCCCUCGCAAUAUGCAUUUCAAUGAUUAUCGUCACAGUUGGCUACGUGUUAACAAACGUGGCUUAUUUCACUACAAUCAGUGCUGGGGAAUUGCUGCUUUCAAAAGCUGUAGCAGUGACCUUUGCCGAACGACUAAUGGGAAACUUUUCUUUAGCUGUACCAGUGUUUGUUGCUCUCUCCUGCUUUGGAUCUAUGAAUGGUGGCAUUUUUGCAGUCUCCAGGAUGUUCUUCGUUGCAUCCCGCGAGGGUCACCUUCCAGAAAUUCUCUCCAUGAUUCAUGUCCGCAAGCACACUCCUCUGCCAGCUGUCAUUGUUUUGCAUCCUCUCACAAUGAUAAUGUUAUUCAAUGGGGAUCUCUACAGCCUGCUGAAUUUCCUCAGCUUUGCCAGGUGGCUUUUUAUUGGACUAGUAGUUGCUGGGUUGAUUUAUCUCAGAUAUAAACGUCCUGAUAUGCCUCGUCCUUUCAAGGUUCCUCUAUUUAUUCCAGCGUUGUUUUCCUUCACUUGCCUCUUCAUGGUUGCACUGUCACUUUACUCUGACCCAGUGAACACAGGGAUUGGAUUUGCAAUAACCCUGACUGGCAUUCCUGCCUACUACCUCUUUAUUGUAUGGGACAAUAAGCCAAAGUGGUUCAGAAAGCUUCUAGGGGAAAAUGCUCUUAUAUUGAUUUCUUCUGAGUACAUUGCAACCAAAAAAUGCGAAGAAUACCAGCUCCCCAACUUGUCUGCUCUGCUGUGGCUUCAUCCCAGGAGAGAGAAAAACUGCUGCAUUGAAAUGGAGGACUGGGCAAGGUCUUGCUGUUGGCAGGGUAACCAUAACAUUGCAAAUCCUCUUGGAAGUCAUCCCAGCAGAGGAAGAUCAGAAAUCAUGAUCAUCAUGAUCAGCUUUUGGGUUGGUGUUUUGUUUCAACCUGAAAUAAAAAGAGUAAGGAGAUUUAUCCCCCUUCCUAACAUGCUGCAAACUGGUGGAACAAGACACAGUCGAGAUGGACACCGAGCAAGUAACUUUCCAGAAUUGUUUUUUACAAUGCUGUUGCAACCUUUUUUUUAAUGUGGUUGAUUGAUAUGUAGAAAGCAAGUACUUGUGCUAUGAGGAAGCCCUUCACUACUUGUUUUGGUACCAUGUCCUAUUUUAACAAACUGUAAGUUCAACAAACUGCAAUUUUGUUUGCCUUGUCACUGAAGAUAGGUUUAAGUGAUGUGUAAUAGCUGCGUGUACUCUGAAGAAUGUGUCUUGCUUGCUGUCCCUGGAGAUCCCAGCUCUCACCAGAGCAAGGGUGAGAUACAGCUGCUGAAUUUCAGAUACUACAUUCUUCCCAUCACUCUGUUUGGCAGCCUGAUUUGACUUCUUUUGACUCACUGGAAGGCCCAUCACACUGAUGCAGAAGCACCACUCCCCAAACCAUUGAUAUGGCAAACUCAAGGUUUCUUCAUUCUGGAGUUCUUAUUACAUGGCCAACAGAAAUGUCUUUUGAGACUUAAUAUUUCUGCCAGUGGAGCAGGAAGAUUUUAGCAUGGGAAUUUUAGCAGUAAUUUUAUGCAUAUUAAAUUUUUUACCAGACUGGAAUUGAUCACUGAUUUUACCAGUGUUUCUUUGUGUACCUACACACACAAAAUCCAGCGAGUUGAGCAAUGACCUUCAAAUGAGUCACAAUAUUUGAAUGUCACCUCUAUUGCUGCAUGAAUAUUUCCCAUCUGGAAGCAUAUGAUCCUGCAGUUAACAGUCAGGCAAACCUGAUUUUAAAAUUUUAUAUUAGGGUUGGUGGGCAGAAAUAAAUGUCACUGGUGGGAACAUGCUAUAGACAUGACAAUAAAUGCAAUACUUUUUUAUGAAUAAGGUAUAAGGCAGGCUACAGCAGCUUUGUUGAUUUGAGUAGUAUGUGUGCCUGAGCUGUGGGCUUUUCACUUAAGCACGCUCCAGUUAACAGGGCUUUGGAACACUGAGGAACAGGUGCUUUUCCUGUCUUCUCAUGGGUUUUAUCUCAGCAGAAACAGAGAAAGGCCUUCAAAACUGAUAAAAUCAAAUGAAAUUCAUCUCCAGAACUAUUUUUGAGCUGAGCUCCAGCUCAAAUAUGAGCCAAAAUUUUGCCCUUUUUAAAAGAUAGUUGUAUAGAUAAAGAAGUUUCUUAAUACUUAGAAAUUGAGUUUUAUAUUCCUAAUGACUACUCAACCUUAAGGUUAAGGUUUAUUAUCACUCUGUUGAGAAUAUAACACCUAACUAUUGAAUACAUUAGUAUUUGAGCUGUCUGAUUUCAGCAAGUCAUGUUCCAGGAAAAUUCUUAUGGAACUAAGCAACAUUUAACUUCCUAAAUUGGGAGAAAAGCACAACUAGUAGCCAGACCACUACAGUAAAGGGAGACUGUGUAUUGUAUAUGUGUUGUAUAUAUCCAGAAUAUCUACUGCUUUAAAGGUGUACAGUAAUAUGUCUUAAAUAUAUACAUAUUUUUUGAUUUUGUAUCUCUGUGGUGGAAUUUCAUAAAAGUAGGGAAAUGCAAGUAACUGAUUAUGUAGAAGAGCAGUAGUUUAAGACAGAGAAAGCAUUUUGCGAACAGUGUUUUUCCAUAAAUGUUUUCUGUUUACAGUAACUUAAAGUGUUAUUUGAAACUUGUUAUAGGCAUACAUUUUGAGAGAGUUUUUUGUGUUGACAGUGAAUGUGUUUAUUUAGUACUUACAUUUGGGUCACAAUUCUGCCUUUGAAGUUGUCUCCUGCCAUCCCCGUUCAUCAGGAUUUGUCCUCUGUCAUCAUGGAGCAUCUUCAAAGUACACAAACUCUACUCCUCUCUGACAGAAAUAAACUGUCUGGCACCCUCCAGGAGUGCACCUAACGCAUUCCUCCCCUAAUGAAUGCAAAGUGCAUGGGAUCCAGAGCAAAACCACCUCAAGAUCGACAGUGGACGUAGGUUUUUCACUCAGACUGUUUCAUUUCCAUGUAUUCAUUCCUGUUGUGCCACAUUACUUGAAAGUUUAAUUGUAGGCAGUGUUAACUUGUAGAAAUAAAUGGGCUCCAUAAAUAUAA